AGCCCCAAAAUCAACGCCAGAAUCAAACCAUCCUGCUGGCAGAAAUAAUGGCCGCGCGCGACUCCUCGCUGAACGAAAUCCGGAGCCUUAAGACGCCAUCACCAACGAAGCUCGUCAAUACUACUGUACCGUAUCGUUGGUCCGUGCAUUGCAUAUAAGGGCGGCCACCGUCACGAGCUCAGAUCCAUACAGCAGCCUUCGCUGCCCACGAGCCAAACAUUCGGAUACAGUCAACCACCAUACGGACAAGGCCUGAUCGUCACGAGCGACCAUGAAGCCUCCUCCCGCAUUGCUGACCCGCGGCCUCGCUCUUGUCCUGGCCCUCGCAUGCGCCGGCAUUGCACCGGCGAGCGGCGGCGGCGCCGGCGGCGGGCGGUGGGACGUGCUGCAGCGCAGCAUCGGCGUGUCGGCGAUGCACAUGCAGCUCCUGCACAACGACCGCGUCAUCAUCUUCGACCGCACCGACUUCGGCCCGUCCAACCUCUCCCUCCCCGACGGCCGCUGCCGCCGCAACCCCAGGGAGCGCGUGCUCCCCGUCGACUGCACCGCGCACUCCGCCGAGUACGACGUCGCGUCCAACACCUUCCGCCCGCUCUCCGUCUUCACCGACACCUGGUGCUCCUCGGGCACCGUCGCGCCCGACGGCACCCUCGUCCAGACCGGCGGCUGGAACGACGGCUACCGCAACGUGCGCGCCAUGCGCGCGUGCGACGGCGGAGACGACGACGACGGCGGCAGCUGCGACUGGAACGAGACGCAGGACGCGCUCGCCGCCAACCGGUGGUACGCCACCAACCAGGUCCUCCCCGACGGCCGCGCCUUCAUCGUCGGCGGCCGCAGGCAGUUCAACUACGAGUUCUUCCCCAAGGCCGAUGCUUCCGACGCCUCGGCCAUCGCAUUGCCGUUCCUGGUUCAAACCAGGGACCCCGAGGAGAACAAUCUGUAUCCUUUCGUCCACCUCAACAUCGACGGCAACCUUUUCAUCUUCGCCAAGAACCGCGCCGUCCUUCUCGACUACAGGAAGAACAAGAUCGUCCGGACGUACCCCGAGCUGGCCGGCGGCGACCCCAGGAACUACCCCAGCUCGGGCUCGUCGGUGCUGCUGCCCCUGAAGCCUUCGCCCACCGAGGCCGAGGUGCUGGUCUGCGGCGGCGCGCCCGCGGGCUCCUACAACUCGACCAAGGAGAAGACCUUCUUCCCGGCGCUGGUGACGUGCGGGCGGAUCAAGAUCACGGACGCUUCGCCGGCGUGGGUGAUCGAGAGAAUGCCGUCGCCGCGGGUGAUGGGGGACAUGAUCCUGCUGCCCAACGGCGCCGAGGUGGCGAUCAUCAACGGCGCCAUGGACGGCACCGCCGGGUGGGAGGCCGCCAGCACCCCGGCGUACGCGCCCGUCAUGUACCGGCCAGACCACGCGCCCGGGGACCGGUUCGAGGAGCAGAGCGCGACCGACAUCGCGCGGCUGUACCACUCGGCGGCGAUCCUCCUCCGCGACGGCCGGGUGCUGGUCGGCGGGAGCAACCCGCACAUCUACUACAACUUCAGCAACGUGCGGUACCCGACAGAGCUCAGCCUGGAGGCCUUCUCCCCGGAGUACCUGGACAGCUCCAACGACGCCCUCCGCCCAAAGAUCACCGACCCCUCGCCCGCCGGCCCGGCGGUGAGCGUGAAGUACGGACAGUCAAUGACCCUCCAGUUCGAGGUGCCAGCGGUGGCUCCGAGAAGGAGACCGCGCGGCGGGGGCGAGGGCGGCGGCGGCGCUCUCGGCCUGGUGUCGGUGACGAUGGUGGCGCCGUCGUUCACGACGCACUCGUUCGCGAUGAACCAGAGGCUGCUGCUCCUGGACGUGGCGGGGACGACGGCGCUGCACAGCACCGCGGGCGCGGGCGCGGGCGCGUACGAGGCAUCGGUGGCGAUGCCGGCGAAGGCCGUGCUGGCGCCGCCGGGGUACUACAUGGUGUUCGUGGUGAACGGGCACAUCCCCAGCGAGGGCGUGUGGGUCCACAUAGAGUGACGCGACGCCGGCGACGGCGGCAUGCAUCGGCAUGCAUCAUGUAUAGCACGACCCGAUUGUUUUGUUC